GUCCUUCCGCGCCGUCAUCGCCUUCAAGCUCCUCGAAGAAGGGCAGGUCUUCUCCGACUCGUCGCUCGAGCGAUGCUACUCAAGAGGAACCUCAGGCAGAAGCUCCGGGCGACGAUGAGAAUCUUCCUGACCAUCCUUCUAUGGCCCCCGACGAUGACGAUGCCUUCGACCCAGGUGUGGAUGCCAAGUCGAGUUGGCGCCGAAGAAAGGACAAGAAGAGGGACGAUGACGAAGAUGAAAGCGACGACAGUGCAGCAAUGCUCGCUGACCUGGAGGUGUGGGAUCGCUAUGAAGAGGGCCUCCAGGAGGUUCUGCCGCCCGAGGUGUUGGGUUGGUUGCUAUUGAGAAGGGCGAAUUUGCCUACCAGCGCGCGGCUCUCGAUUCAGGCGGCGACGGGAAAUUCGCUGCUCUUCACCGACAUCGAACGUGCCAUGAGGGCCAUGGAGGACAAACUUAUGGUUCAUGAUGAUGCCCGUCGGCAGCCUCAGCAUCAGAAGCGCAGGUCUUUCUGGAUUGAGGAGGACGGAGAGUGGAGUCUUUUCCUGACUUUCGAGGAGGACUUGCAAGAUGUGAUUUCGUCUUCGGAAAUCUUGCAUGUGGGUUCCAAGCUCCCUCAGGAUGUGUACUUUCAUCAGGAUCCAGAUCCCUUUUCAGGUCCAGUGGAGGCUGGGUUCUGGCAUCAAGAUGACGAUGGAGCAUUCUCUUACUGGGAGAUGGCAGAGGACGGCGAGUACUAUACCCAGGUAUCCAAGGAGACUGAAGAUGCUUUCUCCUUGAGUGGCAAGUCUCGUGGCAAGGGAAAAGGCAAGGGCAAAUCCAAGGGCAAGGGUUUCUCUUCGAGGCCAGUUACGGCUCCGGUUUUGGCUGCCACCGGCGAGAUCUAUGCACAACCAGGUGAUCCUCCCUUCACUGGAUGCUUCGUGUGCGGUGCCAAGGACCAUUCCUGGCGAUCUUGCCCCAAAAGGUCGGGAUCGAGCAAAGGUGGUGGCAAGGGCAAGGGCGCUCGCAGUUUCUUCUCCGAGGGCGUCUUUAUGAUCCAGUCUGACGAGGACAAGGGUGUUCCCGAGGGUGAGAUUUCUUUGUACCCGGCCGUGACGUUGGCAGGGAACCCCGACGGUGGCCUCCGAGAGCCGGUGAUUCCAGCAUCGCUGGAAAACCCCGACAUUUCUUCAGCUUUGGUGGUGACCUCACACGAGAUAGGGGGUGCUUUUGCUUCCAGCAGUGGGGAUCAGCAUCAGAGAGGGCAUGCCGUCAUUGACUCAGGAGCUACUGAAACAGUUGGCUCUCUCCCAGCGAUUGAGGACCUGAUGAGGUUUCGAUUCGAGGUGAGUGGGAGCCCAGAUUCCUUCACGAUUUCAGAUACGCCUCCCAGGAGAUUUCGUUUUGGCAAUGGCGCAGUCGGCUUCUCAUUGUCCCAUGUCUUGAUUCCUCAGGAUCUAGGCGACAGCCGAGUUGAUUUAGGAGUGUACUCCCUAGAUGUGGAAAAGGUUCCGAUCCUGAUUGGCAUCUGCACUUUGAAAGCGCUCAGAACGGUCUUGGACUGCAGCCAGGCGGUGGCUGUCUUCGCAGCAUUAGAUGCCACAGUUGGUGUGAGGUUGCGACGGAGUGCCUCCGGUCAUCUGCUAUUGGACCUGAGUAAGAAUUGGCUGCAGGACUCUUUCUCCAUCUUGGCGCCUACGGCAGGAAUCCUUGCCACAGCGGCUGAGCCUCCUGAUCAGGACAAAAGGGAGGAUUCGAUCUUUGUUGUGGAGCCUGACCCUGUGCACUUCCGAGCCGAAUCUAAUGUGGAUCCAUGCGUGCAAGCGCCAUCCGAAGCUUCGAACGCCAGCAGCCCCCACUCUGAUCCCUUCUGGGUCCUUCGUGCUCUACUUGCAGGACAUGGCCAACGCGACCGAGAAGGACUUCAGCAAGACGACAGAGGAAUCCACCGACAGAGCGAUCUCCCAGGCCAAGCGGCGCUUCGGAUCCCCUCGACCCCGAAGUCUAAGGCGAAGUCCAAGGAGUCGAAGCCGAAGGAGAAGGCCCCGGAGCUGGAUUGGGAUCGGAUCGAGGAAGGGAAUCCCAAGGAUGCCCGUCUUCAUGGGAGUCCGUGCCACGGAACGCGCCAGAUCAAGACCCGCUCCAACCAGCAUGCGAUGUGGCAGUGGUGCGAAAGAUGCGGAGUUCGCCUCUGUUAUGUGCCGAGAGUUGGCAAAACGGGGUUGCAUCGAGCUGCAGGUCCUCUUGCCGCGGAUGUCCAAUCGAUCACCUACGAAGUGAGCCAUACAGAGGACCUUGCCUACAAUCCGAGAUUGAAGGACCAGGCGAUCGGACUCCAGGCGGCGGAGAAUUCGGCCCUUCGUCAGCUCGGGCGCAUCAGAGCACAGAAGGAGAAGGUGAUCCCGAAGAACGCCCUCCCGAUGGUGAAGGCGAGUUCCCCUCCGAAUGGGACGAAGACCUCAGGUCCGAUUCCGAACGGCCCGGCACCUUCCUUGCCUAUCACAGCGGCCGAGAUAGUGGAUGUGGACAAGGAGGUGACUGCUCCAGCCGACCCAGAGGCCCUGCCGACGAAUCCGGGGAACAAGCGGCAUCAGUCGAAUCCGGCCGAGCAGCUGGAGUAUGCCCAGAGGACCGGGGGGGACGGACCCCGAUGUGAAAGAUCUUGA